AAAAAACCUACUCAGCCAUUCUCAGACUCUCUCUCUCUCUCUCUCACAGAUCUCGUGAAUCCAAUGGACCAAGAAGGAGAUCCAUGUGCUCUGGAGAAGGCUUCUUUAGAGCCUAAAGCUCCAACCGCUGCUGACCCAGAUUCGGUUUCUCCAUUUGAUUCAGACCCUUCUCUGUCUGAAGAAGAAGACCUGCUAACCGAUGAAGAAAUCAUCGAGUCUGUCUAUCAGAGUCUCUUGUUAAUCAUUCUCUCAGCUGAGAUUUGGUGUUUUGAUUAUUGCAAGACACCUCCUCCUUCGCGGGUUGCAGAAACUGUUCCGGAUACUUGUCCCGGAGCUCCAAUGAAGCUCGCUAAGAUAUCAAGGUCCAUCGAUUCUGGAGGACUGAGAAGGAAACUCUUCUGAAUCUGACUGAUGAUGGAUUGAUGUUGUGACAUAAUGUUAGCUUAGCUGUAAGAGCUUUUAGGGAUUGUAAUUUAACUCUUUUUAGCUUCUUGCUUUUGCUUAUGUUUGUACAGUCUUCUUAGGCUUUUAUGAGGACUUGCUAGCUAACCUUGUUGUUGGAGACAUUCAGUUCUAUCUUUAAGAAAGAAAAAAAUCAAAACUUUCUCUUCUUU